UAUCCCAAACGUGGAUGUCCACCAGGUCACAAUGCAUAUUCACCAAUAGUACCAUUUUUCCCAGUCAUUGAAAAUAUUGCCUAUUUCAUUGAUUCGCGAAGUCUUGGCUACGAUUAUGAUGAUUAUAAAGCAGGCAGUAUGAUAAUUGUUCCAG